UGGGGACGGAAGUGGCCGGAGUGUCCUCUGCGCCUCGGAGCUGCGCAGUAGCGCGCUGGGUGUAGUCUGGAGUCCCGUCUUUUCCUGCCGGAGUUGUGAGUCGGUGCAUGGCGGCGGACACAAAGAGCUGAGGCCCGAGCUCACACACACACUCUCUCUCUCUCUCUCACACACACACACACACACACACACACACACGGACAGACACACACUCUCUCGCAGCAGCAGCCGGGACACGAGCUCUGGACGCGGCCUGGAGACGAUCCGCCGCUGCAUGUUCGCACUCGGUGGCCGUAGCUGCUUCCUGUCGGUGACCAGAUAGUUACCGCAAAGUUUGGGACGAGCUCGCGGAGAGUCAGAAGUUAGUUUUGUGCUCGCGGACGGAGCGGAGCAGGAAAAUGCGCAGUGUGCUGCGGGCUCUGCUGGCUUGGAGCUGGGUGGCGGCGCUGUGCGUGCGCGCUGCCAUGGACGAGUGCUCGGACGAGCAGAACCGAGCGCAGCGCUGCAUGCCCGAGUUCGUCAACGCCGCUUUUAACGUGACCGUGGUGGCGACCAACACCUGCGGCUCUCCGCCCGAGGAGUAUUGCGUGCAGACCGGCGCCACCGGGGUCACCAAGUCCUGCCACAUCUGCGACGCCCGGGACCCCCGGAACAACCACAGCGCCGUGUACCUGACCGACUACAACAACCAGCAGGACACCACCUGGUGGCAGAGCCAGACCAUGCUGGCGGGCAUCCAGUACCCGAACUCCAUCAACCUCACCCUGCACCUCGGUGUGAAGUCAGCAGCCUGCUGUCCGCCACCUCCGCUGCUGCUGUCAUUGAGGGGGGGUGUCCUCUGAGGACAGCUGGUCUCA